AUGGAGCGGUUAAUAUCACUAGCCGCCCGACCGGCCGUGGGGAUACGUGCUUUAAAUGCAAUCAGGACGGCUGGCAUUCCAAGAUGUCGAAUACCGGCUCGAGGCUUUGCCAGUCAAACUCCGCUAAGGCAGCAAACGACGCCCGCCAGCCCGCGGAACUUGAAAUGGGAUGGCAAGAAUACGUCAACAAUGUACUAUACGAUCAGCAUUAUUAUCGGGACUCUUGCUGUUGCGUAUGGCUCUGUGCCCAUGUAUAAAAUGAUAUGCCAACAAACCGGCUGGAACGGCCAGCCUGUGUCAACACACCUUACGAACACCGAUACUGGCUCCCGUGUCACCCCAGUCACUGAUUCCCGCCGUCUUCGAAUAACAUUCAAUGCUUCCGUAUCCGAUGUUCUGCCCUGGAAAUUUACCCCCCAGCAACGUGAAGUGCGAGUUCUUCCUGGAGAAACGGCAUUGGCUUUUUAUACCGCUUCGAAUAAAGGUGACCAGGAUAUCAUUGGGGUUGCAACAUAUAGUGUGACUCCGGCUCAAGUUUCGCCUUACUUCAGCAAGAUCCAAUGCUUCUGCUUUGAGGAACAGAGGCUGAAUGCUGGUGAAACUGUUGAUAUGCCUGUUUUCUUCUUUAUUGAUCCGGAUUUCGCCAAGGAUCCUGCCAUGAGAGGAAUUGAUACUAUCACAUUAUCAUAUACCUUCUUCAAAGCUCGAUAUGACAAAGAUGGAAUUUUACGGCCUACUCCCUAG